UGAUUAUCAGCUCGUAUGAUCUCGCGUCGUAUGAUCGGAUUUAGCGUCGGACUCUCGAUAAAGAUUAGAUAUGGACUAGCUCUGCGCAAGGCUGAACACCUGCCAACGCCGCUGUUCGACCGUCGAAUCCAGGUCUUUUCUCUUCUACCAUAUACCUCGACUUUUAUUCGAUAUGCCUCGUCAAUUCUUUGUCGGCGGAAAUUUCAAGAUGAACCCCACCUCGCAGGGUCAAUUGGGGUCUAUCAUCAGUGUCCUCAACUCUGCUGAUCUAGACGGCACGACUGAGAUCGUCAUUGCGCCUCCGUCAUUGUAUCUCAUCCCACUCAAAGACACGGUGCGAUCGGAACUACAGCUCUCUGCUCAAAACUGCUAUUACAAAGAUUCAGGAGCAUUCACUGGUGAACUCAGUCCUGCGCAACUCGUCGACGCCAAUAUCCCCUAUGUGAUUCUAGGCCACUCUGAACGCCGGACCCUUUUCCACGAAACGUCCGAGUUCGUUGCCCAGAAGACUAAGGCUGCUUUAAAUGCGACAUUGAAAGUCAUCCUUUGCGUCGGGGAAACCCUUCCGGAACGUGAAACAGGGCAGACUGCAGCAGUUGUUCAGAAGCAAUUGCAGGCCGUCGUCGAUGUGCUACAAGAGAGUGACUGGAGUGAUGUUGUGAUCGCAUACGAACCCGUGUGGGCGAUUGGCACAGGCAAAGUUGCCUCAUCCGCCCAAGCUCAGGAGGCUCAUCUGGACAUCCGCACGUUCCUCACUCAGGCAGUGUCCCUUGCUGUAGCAGAGAACACCAGGAUUAUCUAUGGAGGCAGUGUUACCGCUGCAAACUGCAAAGAUCUUUCUACUCAAUUCGACGUAGAUGGUUUCCUUGUCGGAGGAGCUUCAUUGAAGCCAGAGUUUGUCAAUAUCGUCAAUGCGAGGAGGAAUUAGAGGGUGUGAUGUCUCUUCAGCAUAUAGUCCCG